GUCGAGCAUGCAGGGAGUGCAGUCCAAGAUCAAGAGCGGAUAUCACCUGCAGAAUCACUCUGGCCACUGCAGGGAUCAUCCAGGCCCCCGGAGUGCUGCAGUCCCGGAGCUUCGACUAAGUGGAUGUGCCACGUGCCCAGGUUUAUCCAAGCUCAUGCCAUCAUGGAGGCUUUGCCUGCUCCCCCAGCUGCUGGUAAAAUCAUCGUCAUCAUCAUCAUCAUCAUCAUCAUCAUCAUCAUCAUCAUCAUCAUCAUCAUCAUCAUCUUCAUCUUCAUCACUGACAGCCCCACCGAAGCCAUCGCCGCUCCCCGGGCCACAGCUGGUGCCAGGGGCAGUUCCUUCCCCUUAUCCCCACCUCACUGUGGGAGACCACCCUGUGAAGCACCAUGCUAACAUGCCUGUAGCCCGUGCUGUGCUCACCAGCAACUGGAGGAGCUCUGCUGUGCUAGUCAUCAUCCAGCAAGCUACUGUUGCUGCAGCCAGAGGCACUGUCCUCCCAAGACGGUACUCCAGCAUGUUCAGGGACUUCAACCAUGACUAUUCGUGCCUUCGCGAGCUUCUUAUUCGCACCCCCCUUGGUCUUGCCGGCCGCACGACACACGGUGUGACGCAGCCGGGUCUCCUCCUCCUCACAAGUAUCGCCUCUGUGUGUGCAUAU